AUGGAUAGAAGGAAUAAGACAGAUGUGUCUGAUUUCAUCCUUCUGGGACUGACAGAUUCCGAAGAGAUCCAGCGGGUCCUCUUUGUAGUAUUUCUCGCGAUAUACCUGAUGAGUGUGCUGGGAAAUGCAGGGAUGAUAUUAGUCAUCCACCUGGAUCUCCAGCUUCACACCCCCAUGUAUUUCUUUCUCAGUCACCUCUCAUUUCUUGACCUUAGUUACUCUACAGUCAUCACACCUAAAACCAUAGAGAACUUACUGACGUCCUCCAAGUACAUUUCAUACAUAAGCUGCUUCACCCAAAUGUACUUUUUUGUCCUCCUGGCUGCCACGGAAUGUCUUCUACUUUCCUCAAUGGCCUACGAUCGCUAUGUAGCUAUCUGCAGCCCUCUGCACUACCCAGUGGUUAUGUCCAAAACACUCUGCUGCUCCCUCAUCUUUGGGUCCUACUCCAUUGGCUUUAUGGACUCUACGAUCAACAUGUGUUUCAUGAGCAGACUGCAUUUCUGUGAUUCCAUUGUAAUCCAUCAUUUUUUCUGUGACACCUCCCCAAUUCUAGCCUUGUCCUGCACCGACACUCGAGACAUUGAAAUCAUUAUAUUCAUUUUUGCUGGCUCUACUAUAAUGGUAUCUCUCAUCACAAUAUCUGUGUCUUAUCUGUCCAUUCUGGCUACUGUCCUGAAAAUUCCUUCCACUUCUGGAAAGAGAAAAGCCUUCUCUACAUGUGCCUCCCAUCUCCUGGGAGUCACCGUCUUUUAUGCCACUUCUAUUUUUACGUAUUUAAAACCAAGUGAGUCCUAUACCUUGGGCAAAGAUCAAGUGGCUUCUGUUUUUUAUACUAUAGUGACUCCCAUGCUGAAUCCACUCAUUUAUAGUCUUAGAAAUAAAGAAGUAAAAAAUGCUCUCAUUAGACUCAUGCAGAAUAGAAAGGCUCAGGACAAUUAA